AUGGCCGCUCCGCAGGACCCGCUGCCCCCAGCUUUUUUAUUUCAAGCAGGUCAUGCAGCAAAGGAGCCAGUGGAGGAUACAGAUCCAAGCACUCUAUCCUUAACAAUGACUGAAAAAUAUCCUGUCCAGGACACAGGAGUACCUAAAGAUGAGGAAUACCUAACAGAUGAAGUUACAUUGGAAAUUGCAUCCGUGAACAUCAAGACCCUUACGUCAGAUUCUGGCCUAAUCCAACAGCCAGAAGACAAAGACAUGCAAAACCAUAGUGAUGAAUCCCUUUCAGAUAUCAAGAAAACCUGCAAGGAAAACGGCACCUGCUCGUUGUGCUUAUUCCGUGCGCCAACCAUAAGUGAUAUGCUCAAUGAUGAAGACUUGUUGUACACAGUGAGGCUAAAGCUGGAUCCCUGCCACCCAACAGUGAAAAACUGGAGAAAUUUAGCAAGCAAGUGGGGGAUGACUUAUGAUGAAUUGUGUUUCCUUGAACAGAAGCCCCAAAGUCCCACCUUGGAGUUCUUGCUACGGAAUAGUGACCGGACUGUGGAGCAGCUGAUUGAUCUCUGCAAAUUUUAUAAGAGAAUUGAUGUGGUGAAAGUGCUGCUGAAAUGGGUGGAGGAGGAGUGGCCCAAGAGAGACAACAGAACUUAUCAGAAUGACUUGUAGAUCAAAGAAAGUUGAUAAUCUCUAUAUGUUAAGUUCUGGGACUAGCUGCCACUAGGGCAUGGGAACUUUCCCUUGCAAGACAGAGAGCGAGCCUGUACUGACGGUUUGUAGACUGUAUAAGCUUUAUGUACUGUAUACACAUACAUAUGUUUUGUGCCCUCAGGGUUGCAAAGAUAACCUUCCAAAAAUGGAUGGAAUAAUGCAGGUUGUGUUCUUGAGUCUACAAAUGCCUUGAUGCUGUUUGUAGGCUUCCUAAGCAGAAGAGGAAUGAAAAAGCCAGAUCACUGGUUUUACUGUAGCAGUUGUGAACCGUGUCAGCUGUGUGCUAUUGGGAAAGCCAAAAUUAGAAGGCAAACCCUGGCCUUUGUGGCAGCCCUUCUACAGUUGUAUAUGUUCAGCCUAGUAGGAGAUAAGGGGUUAUUUUUUUCCCCCUCAUUUGUUAAUUUUUUUUUUAAAGCUUUAUGACACUGGUUUUGGCACAGGAACACCUCAGUGUUUCAAGCAGUAAUUUGGAUUUGCAUGUUACAAUUAAUUCAGUGUUUCAACAUCACAUUCAGGCACAUUAAGCUUUACAUCUCUUUUAAAAAUAGUCACUGUUUGCAUACUUAUACAUCAUAGGGCAUGUGUUUGCUGUAGAAGAAAUCAUGGAAUUCAAAGAGACUUUGCAGCCCAUAACCACUGGGGAACAAAAAAUGCUUAAUACUUAAAAUUACUUUCCAAAGUUUUGGAAAAAAAUACACAUUGAGUGCCCUUACCUGUUGCCUCCAAUGCCUCUCACUUUGCAGUGUGAGGCAAUAGCUAAUGUCUCACCCACAGUAUAUCCUGAGUAUUGAGUAUAAUUUCCCUUUUCACAGGCUGUAGUUUACAGUCCUGUUGGUUGACCUACUUUCUGUUUCACACCAACGUAGUUGCACACAGGCGAAACUAGCACAAGCUUAUGUAAUGAUUAAAGCCACUCUAAUGGGAAAUUAACAGGUACAUUCAUCUAUGGUCCACAUAGAUGGUUAUUAAAGCACUUAUGGUGGUUUAAAAUGAUGAAUUUUAAUACUCUGAAUUACAUUGUUUACAAUUUAUUUUAGAAAUGGAUCUUUUACCUACCAUUCUUCUGUGUUAAAAAAA